AUGAAGAUUCUAUUGAUUUUGGUUGCUGUUAGUCUGUCUGGUGGAGAAAAGCUGGAUCGAAGCUACCUUCCACCCCCUGGAGCUCAUUUAUCUGGAGGUGUAUUUGAAGAUGAUAAACUGCAAUUGCCAAAGGAUAACUACCACAACGAUGCAUAUGAAUCAAUUGAUAGUGAAUCUACAUUCAAUACUACACCUGAUGACAGAAAUACUAUUUAUGACGGUAAUAUACAAGUGGUAACUUCAACACCGGGAUCUCUUCAUAAUACUUAUAAUAAUCCCUCUUCUACAGCAAUACCAUCGCUUAUGUUUACUCAAACUACAAAUAUUCCUGUAGAAUAUAGAACUAGCACUCCAAAAACACCAACAAGUUAUCAAUACAACCAUGAGUUACAUGAGCCUGUCGUAAUCUCAAAUCCUAGGAUGAGCAUUCAAGAUGUAAUUCAAUCUGUCUCCAUUCCCAAAGCUGCAUCUAAAGUAACAAAAGUAAUUUCUAUGCAUUCAAAUGAAUCUACUAGUACUGACCUGGAUAAAGAAAUAGAACCAUCUAAGAUGAUUAAUAGCAUGGAAAAGGGUUUUAUUGAGAAAAUACCUCACGACUACGAUAUUUCCUCCACGCAAAAAAUGCCCUUUUCUGCCAUUGGUAAAGAUUCUUUGAAAUCGAUGGUCUUUCCCAUACAAACAUCACAGGGAAUUGAUACUUCUGUGAAAUAUCCAGCAAGACUCCGAGAUGCAAUUGACAAAAAUGCAAUAACAUUUAACUAUGAAAACAAUUACAUACCAGGAGGUUUUUCAUAUAGCUUUGAUACAUCGAAUGGCAUUCAUGCUGAUGAAAGCGGAACAGCUGACAAUGGAGUAAAAGCAAAAGGAUCGUAUUCGUAUAUCGGUGAUGACGGUAUGGUAUAUAAAAUAGAAUAUACUGCUGAUGAGAAUGGAUUUCAACCUCGAGGCAAUCAUUUACCAACUUCACCACCUAUACCUAAGGAAAUUCAAAGAGUUAUUGAACAGGCGUAUAAAAAUAAAGCAGCUGGAAAAUUUGAUGAUGGGUCUUACGAUGAUAAAAAGUAUGGUUACAAGAAAUACAUGCCUCGUUUGACACACAAAGCAAAAGGCUCUAAAAUUGGUAAUUCACCACAAAAAGAUAUGGAUACAGAAUAUGGUAAAAGACGUCUACAAAUUAGUACUGAACGAAAUCCGACAUAUGAAGAUGGUAAUAACGCAUAUUCUGGUAAUCCAAUACAUGAGACGAGUCAAAAUUACAACUAUGAAACUUCUACUCCUUCUUUGACGUCCAACACUGUUUCAAGCCCUGAUGGCUAUAAAAACACAAUUUCUCCUGUUAAAUCAACCUAUGUUACGCCUGCUACGUUCGUGACAAGAUUAUAUACUUCUAGAAUUUUAGCAGAUUCGGAUGAAUCAAACACACCCAAAGAUGAUAUCUAUAAGUCAACUACAAGCGAAUAUUUUACAACACCAGUUACAACAACAUUGCUUACAGGAACCGAGAGCUAUAUAUCUGAAUUCCCUGAUAGAUCUCCUACUGAAGGGAACUCAUUUAGAGAAGAUUUCAGUGGUCCAAAUCAAAAUCAAAAUUUUGAUCCCAAUACGGGAUAUUACUAUUAA